GCGAGCGUGUGGACCCGGGACGUCGGAAGGCUGGUGCGCGCGCGCGCGCGUUGAGUUCGCAUCGGGAGUGGUGGGGGAACCGAGUCUUCUUUUUUAUUUAUUUAUUUGUUUUUUAGUUUGGUAAACAGAUAUAUCCCCCUCCUCCAUCCCUCCUCCCCGUGAUGAUCGCGCCAUGCUGAAGGUGCUGUUACGCCGCGGCUCGGCGCGCUACCUGGGGCUGGGCGCCGUCUUUGUCACGGCGCUGCUGUGCCUGUACUACGGCUACAGCGGCGGCGGCGGCGGCGGGGGCCCGCCGAGGGACGCCGCCCCCGCGGGCACGGACGGCCCCCUUGCCACGGGCGCCGCCCCCGCAGCAGCAGCAGCAGCAGUAGCCGCCGCCGCCGCCGACCGCGAGUGGCGGGAGGCGGACUGGACUCUGUCCGCGGACACGUGCCCCGCCGUGGGGUCGGCGGGCGCAGAUGUCGACACGGUGGAGCAGUUCAAGAAGUUCGAGUUCCAGCCGUACUGGAUGAAGAGCAGGGAGUACUGGGAUGCCAACUUCGAGGAGCGGUACAAGGCCAGGAAGGAGAAGUGGCCUGACCUCCCCCUUAAGGUGAUCCUCGUGCCGCACUCGCACAACGACCCCGGCUGGCUGAAGACGUACGAGAGCUACUACCACUACCAGACCAGGAACAUCCUCAACAACAUGGUGGACAAGCUGCAGGCCUUCCCCAACAUGACCUUCAUCUGGUCCGAGGUCUCCUUCUUCGCGCAGUGGUGGGAGAGCGCUCACCCCACCAAGAGGCGCGUGGUCUGGAGGCUGCUGGAGCAGGGGCGGCUGGAGAUCAUGACCGGCGGCUGGGUCAUGACGGACGAGGCCACUGUGCACAUGUACGCCAUGCUGGACCAGCUCAUCGAAGGUCAUAUGUGGGUGAAGAACAAUCUAGGUAUCGUUCCCAAGUCUGGUUGGUCGGUGGAUCCCUUCGGACACGGCUCCACGGUGCCCUACAUGCUGAGGCAGGCGGGUGUCGGCAACACCGUCAUCCAGAGGGUGCACUACGCCUGGAAGCAGUGGCUCGCCCAGCAGCAGAUGGGGGACUUCCUCUGGCGACAGAACUGGGACGAGGACGGCCACACCGACAUCCUCACACACAACCAGCCGUUCGACAUCUACUCCAUCAAGCACUCCUGCGGUCCCCACCCGCAGGUGUGCCUCAACUUCGACUUCCGGAAGAUCCCCGGCGAGUACACGGAGUACAGCCUGAGGGCGGUGCCGAUAGACGAGUACAACGUGCGUCAGAAGGCGGAGUUGCUGCUGGAGCAGUACGGGCGUACUGGAUCGCUGUUCCCCCACAAUGUGGUGAUGAUGCCUUUGGGAGACGACUUCCGCUACGAUCACGAGAUCGAGUGGGACCAACAGUAUCACAACUACAAGCGUCUUUUUGACUACAUUAACCAGAACAAGGAUCGUUACCAUGCAGAAGCCACAUUUGGAACACCAUCUGACUACUUUGCUGCAAUCAAAGAACGAAAUAAACGUUUCCCUACGCUGAAAGGUGACUUCUUUGUUUAUAGUGACAUUUUCUCAGAGGGCCGACCUGCCUAUUGGAGUGGCUACUUCACAACACGGCCUUAUUGGAAGAUCCUCGAUCGAGAGGUAGAGGCAAGUCUCAGGUCAGCAGAGAUCUUAUACACUGUUGCCCUCAACAAGGCUAGACAACAGGAUUACAAUAAGACAGCUCAACUGCUGGAGAGAGAUUACGAACGACUUGUCAAAGCACGUCGAUCGCUAGCACUAUUCCAGCAUCAUGAUGCCAUCACUGGCACGUCAAAGGCUGUUGUGAUGCAUGACUAUGCGCUCAAGCUCUUUGAAGCUUUGCAAGACACUGUGCAUGUACAAGCACAGUGUGCCCAAACACUCUUAGAAAAAGAGCUGCCAGACAAAAAUUCCACUGGAAAGAUACUAGGGAGAAAGCAUGAUAAUUUUCUUUUGCCUGAUACUGACCGUGAAUCGUACGAAAAGCUUCCACAAAAGGUGCCACUUGUGACACCUAGGAAUGAACCGAGGCGAGUGGUAUUGUUCAAUUCGCUGGCGCAGCAGCGACAAGAUGUGGUGAAACUGAGGGUGACCACACCAAAUGUGAGGGUACUGGACUCAAAAGGCAAUGCCAUUCCUUAUCAAGUGAAUCCAGUGUGGAACAUAACAAAGAUAACAAAAUCAGCCAAAGAUGCUGAAAAUGGUGGGGCAGAGGAACAAGAAAGCAACAAGGAUGGCAGAGUACUUCAAAUGGCAAAGGAUCUCUUUGAGGUCAUGUUUGUGGCUGAUAUGCCACCCCUUUCCUUAGUGACAUAUGUAGUGGAGCGAAUAACAGAAGAUAAUUUGGAAUCACGUGCAGUAAUAUAUUGUGCAUCUUGUGGGAAGAAUAUUGAAGAUCCUCACUUUGUGCCACCCUUUGAAGUCAAAGGCAUGCAGGCUGGAGACAUCCAGCUUGAGAAUCACAGAAUGAAGCUUCUUUUCGAUGGCCACUCUGGUUUUCUCAAAACAGUGACCCGCAAAUCAACAGGUCGAACAACCCAAUGUGGGUUGCAGUUUGCUGCCUACCCGUCAGCUCAGUUCCACAGCGGAGCAUACCUCUUCAUGCCGGAUCCUAAUGCCCGUGAGGCCGAGCGGGAAGUUUUGUCAGACGAUCCGAACGGUUAUCACUCUUUGCAAAUCGUCAUCACUUCCGGCCCAAUUUCCUCCGAGCUAGCCGUGGUUUACCACCCGAUACUCACGCAUUCAGUGCGCAUCUACCAUGUGGCAGGCCCGCUGAGCGAGGGCAUGUACAUAGAGAACACGGUGGACUUCGAGGCGCCGCCCAAGAACCGCGAGACCGAGCUGUUCAUGAGAGUGGUGAGCGACAUCAGCAACGGCGACCCGCCAGAGUUCUACUCCGACCUGAACGGCUUCCAGAUGCAGCGCAGGGAGAAGGUGGAGCGGAUCGGCAUCGAGGGCAACUACUUCCCGGUGACGUCGAUGGCCUACAUCCAGGACGCCGAGCGGCGCCUCAGCCUGCUGGUGAGCCACGCGCAGGGCGCGGCAAGCUGGCAGCCCGGCUGGCUGGAGGUGAUGCUGGACCGCCGGACGCUGUACGACGACUCGCGGGGGAUGGGCGAGGGGGUGGUCGACAACAAGCGCAUGCUCGCCAAGUUCUGGCUGCUGCUGGAGGAGGUGUCCGGCCCGGCGGACGAGUACUCGCGCCCCAGCCUGUUCGCGCACCACCUCUCCAACGGCCUGCUCUACCCGGCGAGCCUGUUCGUCGUGGAGGGCGCGCCCACCGGCCUGCGCGGGAAGGUGAGCCUGCUGACCAGGCCGUUCCCUUGCGACGUGCACCUGGUGACGCUGCGGGCGACGCCGGACCCCGGCUACAUGCAGUUCCCGUCGGGCUCGGCGCUGAUGGUGCUGCACCGCGUGGGGUACUCGUGCAGCACGGAGCCCGGGGUCGCCAUUCCCCGGUGCCCCUCGACAGGCAGAGACGAUGCUGCGUUUCACAAAAGGACGUUUUUCAGGCAUUUGAAACUGCGUUCGAUAACCAGGACUUCUUUGACAGGCUUGCAAGAGCAGGAAAAGUUGGCAAGCCUGGACGAAUUGCGCAUACGUCCCAUGGAACUGACAACUUUGAAUGUCACAUUGGUGCUGUGAUAUUUAGUUACAUUAUUUAUUCUCUCUGCACGGUCAUGUUCAGUAAAGAACAGUGAUUGCAAACUAAACAGAUCAAUUACGAUAAAACAACCAUGGUGUGACAUACUGUCAGUGAUUACAAAUUUAAUAUCAAAGUCAAUAUUUUUUAUACUAAGCUAGUGUGAAAGUUAACUGUGUCAGUCUAGAGACAUCUUAAAACUCUUUGUGAUGCAACUUUGUGAUUGUAAUAAAGUGUUUUCUGUGUAUUAAAAUAGAAUGUGUAUAUUGUGCUAUUGUAUGAAAAAGCUUCCAUUUGUAAAAGUCAUUUUCAAGCAUUGUAUAAAUUUCCUGUGCAUAUAAAGAUAUAAAGUACUUGUUUGUAUAUUAAUAAAAACUAAGUACUUAUAGAUCAUUACUGUGUAACUGAAGUUGUGGAUAUGUGUGUGAAUUACACACAUGUGAGGCAAUAAGUGUUUGGCAAAGUCCUGAAAUUUGAUCGUUUACAUAUAUGAGCAAAUCAUUAUCCCACAUUUAAUAUAUGUAAUGUUAACAUUAACAUGAUUGUUGUUACUGUUGGUGAGUUUACAGUUUACUAUGAUGGUAGUUACUAUUAUUUUGAUUUUGACAUUUUACUUAUGUUGGAUUAUUAUUUUGACAUUUUACUAAUGUUGGAUUCAAAUUGCAUACUAAUGAGUGUGUACUAUCUGAAAUUAGAAGUUCUUAAAACAUAGCAUAGUUACAGUUGAUCUUAAUAUUUUAUCAAUAAAUAAAAAUGGAUACACAGAUCAGUGAAAUAAUCAAGUCUUAAAAUCUGUUCAAGUGUUAUGGUUGUUAUGAGAAUAUAAGUAGUACCAACUGAAAUGAUAGAUUUGAAAUAUAUAUAUAUAUAUAAUAAUGUAUUUCCUGCCAGGUCUAAGGUGCCUGUGAUUGCUAAGAUGGCUUGCACAAGUUGUAAGGUGAUAUUCAGAGACUUUGAACAAGAACUCAUCAACCUGUGAUUAAAUUCACACUUUUCUUUACUUUUACCCUUCUGGUUAGGGAAAUGUACACAUUGUCACAGAAUUCUUGCUGAUUUUAUAAAAAAAAAUAAUAAGCAUGUCAAAACUAGUAACUGAAUACACAAAACAUAAUGUUGGAUGAAGCACCUCUGCCUACCAUCCCUACUGGAAUUUUUUUCACAUAAAGCUCAUAUUAAGUAAAAAAAAUUAUUCAGUCAGGCACCAAAAUAGCUCUUACAUGCUACAUUCAAUAUACAUACUGUUUUAAAAUGCUGUACAAUUUUAAGUAAACAAUAUUUAUUAAAAUGUCACAAUUUAUUAUAACCUUUCUUCACAUUAGUGAAACUGUGCAUGUUAGAUUGCCAUAAUUAUUCUCUUGUCAUGUAUACUAACCUCACAGCAAUGCCUUGCCUGUUUUGGACAGCCUUAAAUGGAGAAAGAGAGAGGGGGAAAUAGGGGGGGGGGGGGGGGGGGGCACUUCCAGGAUUAUUGCCUCAGGCCUCACUAACCUGCUAUAGUUAUCCCUCCCUAUGGCUGCAUUUCAGCAUUUUAAUGAGUUUAUUUUUCACUCAUAUUUGCACUCAUAAUUACCCAUGUGCAAGCAACAACUGGUUCACCACUUAAAUGUAAAAAAAAAAAUUAUUUACUUUGCAGUAAUUUAAUUUCUAAAUAUUGUUUUACCAUUUUGACGGUAAUUUACUGUCACUGUGUGAAAAUGGUUAAUUUUAUCCAGGUCUGAUGCAAAAUUCAAAUUAAUUAUUUUUGUUACAUUCUGCAAAAUUACACCAACAGUAAUUUGAAAAUCCUAAAAUAUUUAUUUACAGUAAGAAAAUAUAUUCCAUUUUAUUACUACUGCCUGCAUUCUGGAGCCCAUGGCCAUGAUUAAUCAAAAAAGCUGAAAAUAAGUUUACUAGAAGAAAUUCUGUUUGUUGUAAUAACAAAUAUGUAUGAGGUUUGAUUAUGUCACAAGCUUAUAUGUAAAGGAAAGUGAUAUGCUGAUGUUAACUAAAUUAUUUAGUAAUUCAUGUUGGAACACAUAAUUUAAAUUGGUUAAUUCUGUUGAAAAGCAGGAAAACCAAAAUAAUUUAAGGAAGUAAAAAACUCUAUUAAAGUGUUUCAGUUUUUUUGGUUAAGUAAUUUUACCUUUUGCAUAGUUGUGUGUAUAUAUUUAUUCCUAUCUCUAGAUAAUUAAGUUGUGUUUUGCACAUGUAAAGAAUAAACCAAAAACUAAUUUAUACAUUAAAAUGUUAUAAAUUAAAGUUAUACAUAUUAAUAUAAACAGAAAACAUUGUGCUUAAACAUUUUAGCAACUCUAUCUUUAAAAAAAUUUAUAAAUUUAUUAGGGCCAUUAUAGUUGUUGAAUAAAAUCGUUUUAAAAAUUUAA